UAUAUUCCUACCGCCCAAACAUAAACCGUUGCAUGAGAUUGAUCAUUUUCGUCAUUUAAUUAGUCAAAAAACGCAAUGGAAGAGGACCUCAAUCGUCUGUCGGCGAACAUAAUCGCAAAUCUGGAUCAUAUCAAUCGCAUCCUCGCAUCUGGCAGACUAGAGUCUAAACUACUGGACAACUUGGACCUGCCAGACAGACUGCUCAAACUGUCUCAGCAAGAAUGGACUCCCAGCUCGGACCUUCAAUCGAUAGAUCACGCCGAUCGGCUUUCAGUGGAAGAUGUUGACCAUAUUUUCAACAGAAUUCGUCACCGUCCCACCGGCGGAUCUCGUCACAAUCGCAACCUAUCGCAGAAGAAGCCGAUUCCGUUGCAGCAGUCUCGAAUUUUGAAUGAAACCAAUCUGGCUAACAGUCAGUCCGGGUCGCUAACCGAUCUCAGCGACAGCGGUAAGCAGCAGCCAAUCAAAAGUAUAGACGUGGAAUUUCUGGUGAAGUCCCUGAAACAGUCAGCCGAAGCAUUGGGACAGAUCGAAAAUCGUAUUAUCGAGCCGAUGGAUUUCCAACGGAUUGAGCGAAUUCAUAGCAGGGAAAGUUCAAAAAUUUGCGAUCGCAUUAACGACAUAGAUGCCAUGAUACAAGACCUUGGGAAGUAUGUAGACAGUGAACGAAAUGAUGACGGUAAAACUAAGAAUCUGAUGAGCGAUGAGUUGGUCAGCAAGCUAAGGAAUUUGUCGGCAACCUUGUCGCAGGUUAUUUUCAUCAAACAAAAUGAGUACAUUCCGGAUAUGAGUGAUUUUUUGGUGCAGAGCGCUUCACCACUGGCUGAGUGUCUCGACGAUAUCAACGAAAAUAUACGUCAAAACAAAUUACAUCAAUAACUGAGUCCAAGUUAAAAACGUUAUUUUCAAAAAUGUAACUCAUUAGAUUUUUACUGUCUGUUAUAUGAGGGCGAAUUGUAUUUUUAA